GCUCUACUCCCUUGCUCUUUUCCUAUUUUUCUUACUCGAACACUUCAAGCAUCUUUUACCAUUCUGUCCAGGGAAAAAUGCCACCCAUAAUGAACCGUCGAAGUUCACUUGCGAUAUCAGCCUUGUUAAAUAACGAAUCAAUUGAGCCUAGAAUGAUGGCUUCAGCUGCCACAAAUCGACAGUCUGGAUCCGUGUCUCCCGCUACGACCAACAGUAAUAUGGACAGUGGAGACACAACUCCCAUAUCAUCUAUUGUUUCCUCAAAAACUAAUGGUACUAGUAACGGUAUUGUCAAUUCUUCACAAUUAAGUCGGCAUAAAAGAAAGAGAACAACCCCAGCACAAUUUACUCGCUUAAUGGAAAUAUUUGAUCAAACAGAUACCCCAAGCUCUGAAGUUAGGAAGAACUUAGCUACAGAAUUGAAUAUGGAUGAAAGAGAAGUUCAGGUGAGACUACAAACUUGGGUGAUCAAACUCGAUAUACACUCAUACACUUGAUAGAAUCUAAAGAAAUGAAUUAGAGGUGAUAGAGAAUUGUUCAUUUAUUCUUUUUUUUUAUGGUUUUUUUUUUUUUGACAG